CUCGUGCUAAGUUAUGAAAAGACACUUGCCAUGUAUGAGUUACUUAGAAAGGAAGCUCCUAAAUCCAACAUCAAUCUCCCUCUUCUUCGAUCGCUGUCAGAUGAGUGUCUGGCUCGUGUAAAGUAUAUUGGCGAAAUUGAUGUUGAUUCUACUCGAGCACCAGUUCUAGAAAUAUUGAAAAAAUCUAUUCAACAUGUGAACGAUUGUUUAAACAACAACUCAGAAGAAAGUUGGCAAAAUGAAGAUUCAAAACAGAAAUAUCUUCCGAAUUCGAUGGAUUUCGAUCAACAAACGGACUCGGAAUCUACUCACAAAAGUUACUCAUAUUCUAACGAACAAUCAAAUACCAGUGAUGGACAGUUAAAUACAAGGAUGCGAGCUGUCGAAGACACAAUCAUAAGGAAUUGUAAUGUUACUUUUGAUGACGUAGUUGGUCUUGUCGAAGCAAAACGGACGUUACAUGAAGCUAUUGUGAUGCCGACUCGUUUUCCACAGCUAUUUACGGGUAAUAGAAAACCAUGGCGUCGAAUACUUCUCUACGGGCCUCCAGGAACUGGCAAAAGUCGCCUUGCUAUGGCUGUUGCAGGACAAAUUAAGACAUCAUUUUAUUCAGUGUCGAGUUCAGACAUGCUGUCAUGUUGGUUCGGAGAAAGUGAAAAAUUAAUUCGUGAUCUGUUUGCACAUUCUAGAUCCCGAAAAGAAACCGCUGUCAUUUUCAUGGACGAGAUUGAUGGUUUAUGCAGACGUCGAAAUUCUACCGAGCAAGAAGCAACUCGAAGAAUUAAAACAGAACUUUUAUUGCAAAUGGAUAAUAUAGCUCAAACUCAUGCGGGAUCUAACAAGGAAAAGAAUGAAGAUGUAAUCAUUAUUUGCGCUACUAAUUCGCCAUGGGAAAUAGAUCCGGCUUUUCUCAGGCGAUUUCAGAAACGAAUCUACAUUCCUCUCCCGGACAAAUCCUGUCGAAGAUCAAUUUUGGAAUUGCAUUGCAAUAAAACUGAAUGCGAACUGACCGAAGCAGAAUGGGAGAUUUUAGGUGAAAACACAGAAGGGUUUAGUGGAAGUGAUCUCGCCAACCUUGCUAAUGCAGCUUUGUUCGAGCCAAUCAGAGAUCUUGAAAGUGCCACCCAUUUUGUCGAGACCACGGAUAAAAAGUAUAGGCAUUGUUCUGUAGAAGAAAAAAACGCAAUCAAGUGUGCCUUGUCAGAAAUCCCAAGUUUCCUGGUUUUGGCGCGCAAAUUAGAAUUUAGAGAUUUCGAAAGAUGUCUCGUCACUAAUAAAGCUACCAUUUCUCGCGACGACAUGGAAAAUUUUGAGAGAUUUACUGCAAAAUUUGGCCAACUUGGACGGUAAUUACUGUGCAUUUGGAUCACAGAACACGGACAAAGAACUAUAACGAAAGUCGCACACAGGUACAUCGUGAAGCUAAAUUUGCAACGUCAUAUGUAUAAAAAAUUGAGCAUUGCCCAAUCAAAUUCAGUAGGCGAGUUGCGACUUGACGUGAAUAAGUUGUAUGAAACGUAAUCUUCCCAGCAACAUUAGCUUGAUGACUUCUUCGGCGCUACCGAAGUAUGUGCACCUAGAUGGCGCAUAACCUGGUACACAUACUAUGUUCAGGCUGUGCGUCAUCUUUUUUGUGUACGUCUUCCAAAAGCAGAAUUUGUAAAUAUAUUGAAAGUUCUUCUCCUCGGUUAUCUAUAAAUAAUGUUUUGUGUCGGAAACCCUUUAACAUUCAUAUGAUUACUUUGGUACUAAUAGCGAAUCCCC